AUGGACUUGCUUGGGUGCGGCAACUUUCCUAUGUUCCGCUGCAAGGCAUCGGCAGCGGGCUGUGCCUUUUCUCCGGAUGCUAUCUCGGCGGCCGGCAGCAAGGCGUCUAAGCCCGAGUCUGAGUCCAACUCCAAGCCCAGCCCUGUGAGCCACUCCCAGCUGGGCAUUGCCGGAGCACCCCCCGCGCUGCUGGGCUCGUGGCGCUCACUCCAGGUAUCCAGCCACUAUCAAGAGGGCCUCGCGCAAUGGAACUUUACUGCCAACGGCCAGGCGUCGCUGCACUGGCCAAACUACCUCGACCGCAGCGUGCAGCGCUACUCCGUCUCGCACUCCGACGAGGAUCCCAGCCUGGUGCUCCUCGCCAGCGCCAGCGGCACCAUCACCACCUGUCGCUUCCAGUUCCAGUACCAGCCAGUAUACUCAUACGCCGUGCUCGACUGCGGAGCGCCGAACCAGCCGGCAGGAGACAGGGAAAACAAGCAAAAUACGCAAUGGGCCAUGGGCCGGUGCAACCCGUGCAAUGCCCACUGUCGCUACUCGUGCGGCCCCGAGAACGACUUCUGCGGCGCCGGCUCGUGCGACCCGGCCGAGUCGGUGCAAGCAGCAUCCGCCGGCGCCCUGCCCUCGCCGCCUCAGAAUACGCACAAAGCACUCAAAGACGGCCAUGACUGGUGCACGCCCCAAGACUCCAGCUGCUGGCCCACCAAGACGGCCAUCCACGAGCUGGAGCAGGCGCUGGACCCCACAGUGCCCCGGCUCGGCGUUCGGUGGAGCAGCUACCCGGAACCGCAGCCGGCGCCGGUACCAACGGGCUCCAUUAACAACCAGUCCUUCUACGGCCUAGGUAAUGCGCCCGGGGGCCUCAGGGCGCUAUACUACUACGAGGACGUCGCUGAGAUGCAGCGCCCGUGCUUCAACCUGGCCGAUGGCCCUACUGCGUGGAAUAUCGCGUCAGACAUGUGCAAGGCGGCGCUGCACCAAAACGAGUACCGCAAUUGGAACCCCUUCAUCGUUGUCUUCCCGCUUAACGAGCGCCAUGUGGCCGCCGCCCUCACAUUUGCCGCGCGGCACCGCCUGUGCAUCGCCACUGCCGGCACCGGCCACGAGUAUAACAGCCGCAACUCAUGCCCGACUGGCGGCAUCCUUAUCCGCACAAUCCUGCUCAAGGACAAGGCCUUUAUGCCCACCUGGGGCGAGGACCCGGCCCUGGCCCCCGCUGGCGCAUUCCGCUUUGGCGCCGGCUCCAUCUUCGCCGAGAUGCACACCUUCUCGGCCAAGCACGCCCGUGUCAUUGCAUCGGGCUGGUGCUCCACCGUCGGCAUGGUUGGCUUCCAUCUCGGCGGCGGCCACGGGCCCUUUGCGCCGUCUAUGGGCCUCGGCGUUGAUAACUUGCUGGAGAUUGAAGUUCUGCAGGUCGGCCGUGACGCCCACGGCCUGCCCGUCGUCCAUAAGAAGAUCGCUAGUCGCCGCCAUAAUCCGCAGCUCUUCUGGGCCAUGCGCGGCGGCGGCGGCGGCGUCUGGGGCGUUAUUCUCUCUAUGACGAUCCGCGCCCACGCCGUGCCAGACGGAGGCCUCAGCCGCGUCUUUAUGUCCCAGAACGGCACUUUUUGCCCGGACUCGCGGGAGUUUGGCUAUGAGUGGGUGCGCGACAUGUGGACUCGCUUCACCGCGUGGCAGCUGAGGCUCAACCACAAGGUCAGCACGCAGCCCUCCUUCUUUAUCAACACCACCCAGUACAAGACGGGCGGCCUCUGCGCAGUCACUUGGCAGUUCAACUUUGAGUACUUCUACGCCGGCGGUCAGGCAGCGCAGGACUACGUUCUGUUCCGCGACGGCCUCCAGGACGCGCUGCAGACGAAGACCGUGCAGGAGCACAACUUCAAGUCGGCCUAUGAGUACCUCCUCUCUAUGCCCGCCGACAAGUUUCUACUCGCCGUCAUGAACCCGCUGCCGGCGCCGCACCCGCCCUCCGACAAGGCCACUGGCUCUCAGAACUCGGUCUUUGUCUCGCGGCAGGCCAUGGAGACAAAGUUCGCCUCGACCAUGAUGGACGUGCUGGAUAUCUGCGUGGCGUCCCUGAAGAAUCCUGACCCGGACUCGCCGAGUCCAGACGGCUAUCGCUGCGGCUUCCACUACCUCUACACGUCGCUGACGGGCAAUCUGGGGAGCUCGCAGCCGGACGACACGGCCAUCUCGCCGGGCUUCCGCUCGGCGCUCAUGCUGUGGAAUGCGCGAACUUUGACGACGCAGCAGUCGAGGGACACAGUGUAUAAGCUUGGGCCGAACAGCUAUUUCUCCGAGAGUUCGUAUGUGAUGCACAACUGGACGGCGAGGUACUGGGGCCAGAAGGCGUACGAGCAGUUGCUGGCUGUGAAGAAGGCGCACGACCCGGGGAAUCAUUUCUGGUGCCAUCAUUGUGUUGGGGAUGAUCCGGAUGAUGCGUAUGGGCAGCCGCUAGGUGCUACGGCUGAUUCUGUUGAGAGAGAUGAGUUGUAG